AUGGUAGAAGCAGUGAGCGAGAAGAAGAAAAGAGCCAGUGUCCCGAAGGUUCGCACGGGCUGUUUGACCUGCAACCGUAGCGGACGAAAGUGCCAGGGAUACGUGACACCCCCCGAUGGAAGGACCCGUGAAGUCCGGGAUGCUCGACAUGCACGCACAAGUGGUAAGACCUUUAGUGUUGUGCCUAUGAACAAAGAGGCAGCUAUGAGUGGUAGCCUAGUAUUCAUGGUCGAUGCUAGCCAAGUCGGACUAUCCAACAAGGAACGUCAGUACUUAUCAUUGUUCCGCUCACAUACCGCGGCACACUGCACUGGGUAUAACUUCGACCCUUUUUGGCAAUUGCUCGUUCAUCAAGCUAGUGAAUGUUAUCCCGUGGUGCGCCAUGCAGCGAUUGCUAUCAGUGCUCUGCAUCGGGAAUUCGCGGAUCCAAUUGCUGGUCAGCAUGACAUGUUCGCUCUUCAGCAAUGUAACAAAGCGAUCGGUCAUCUUCGGAAAGGCAUCAUAGAAGACGACCUAUCAGACCCAUCCCAUACCGAGAAGGUGCUGGUUGCUUGUGUUGUCUUGAUUACCAUUGCUCUCUUCCAAGGCGAUGUCGAAGCUGUUCGCUGUCAUCUUCGAUCUGGAACGAAGCUCUUAUAUGAGUGGAGAAAGAACAACGCCAAGCAUAGCAUAGUUGCCCCCAUUCUAUUAAACACAUUUGUGCAGCUUCAUCUGCACUGGGCCAGUGCCACAUGGAUGAAUGAUUACAAGGGGUCGGACUGGCCCUUCCUCAUGGAACUCAUCGAUGAUAACAUACAGGAUAUUAUGACAUAUCCAGAUGAGCAACAAAGGCGUACGCUUCUCCUGCCAGUCCAGGCUUGGCUAGUGUUAUUCAGCGACCCAAAACGCUUCAACACUAAAACAUACGACUCCGCGCCCCCACAAGGUUUCAUGUGGGAUAGUGUCGCUGAUAAAUUUCACCGAUACAAGAAUGGAUACAAGAACUGUGUUGUUCUCCACAACAAUAGCGUUGCAACAAAUUCCCCGAAUCAAGAGCGUGCAAUGUUGCUGCUCAAGAUAAACAAUGAAAUACUCCACAUUACUCUUACCUCCUUACAUUUCACAGGCUCUGAAAUGGAAUGGGACGUGCUUUUCCCCCAUUUUAAAGGAGCAGUUGAUGCAGCAGAAAAGUUGUUAACAAAUUUCAGUGGGAUGCUUGAUCCCUACUUUUCCGCCAAGGAGGGAUGGAUCCCAACCAUUUUUAUGACUGGGAUAGCAUGCCGGGAUUGGUCCAUUCGACAACGAGUGUUGAGAAUCUUUGAAGAAUAUAACCGGAGAGAGGGCAUUUACUCCACGUCUGAAGCUCUGGUUGUAUUGCCACGCAUUUAUGCAAUCGAGCACGCUGGCAUCGCCCCAGGGGAACUUGUGCCUGAGCGCAACCGCAUUAGUAUGGCUCAUGUCGAAGAAACACCCAACCACUCCAACUACAAGAUGAAUUCUUACAAUUUACUAUACCGUGACGUUGACAGAGAGUGGCAUAGGGAGGAAGUACUUUGUGAGGAAACUGCUGUUAGGCACGCUCUGAAGGACCGCUUCGAAGUUGCGACAUUAGUUUACAACCCAGGCCAUGGCGGCAAUGAUUGA